AUGAGCUGUGGUAUUUGUUAACUUCCUUCUUUCGAAGCAGAUUGUUAAUAACUUGAUUGUAGUACUUAAACUUACUUUGAAAGUUCUACGUAAGAAUCAGAAGUAGAAGUAAAGGAAAUUCUAAAGGAAAAUUUACCUGUCCUUAUCUCGUUUCAUACAUAAUAAUUUUAGUAAACUGCUUUAAAUGGUAUUAAGAAAAAUUUAAGCUCUCAUGAAUUUGUUUCUAGCAGAUAAGAUGAGAAAAGCUCUAAUAAAUAACUCAACAAUAGUUUUAAUUUGAUCAAAUAAUAACCACUAAAUAAGAUGGGUGAUGUCAAAUACUUGAUUUAAAUGUUGAAAAGAUUUCAUUAAUUGAAAUAAAUGCUUAUUUCAAACUAACAGAAAUUUUUAGCAAUGGAAUCUCAUUUGAGUGAUCUAAAAUCUAAGUUAUAACAAAGUAUUUCGUACUUCGACAAAUACUCUUCUUUUUGGAUGAAAAAAAUAAUUGAUAACUAAAUGAACAAGCAAAUUCUAAAUUACUCUUUAGAAUAUCAAAAAGAAAUUUAAAUCUAAAAAGAAAGAAUAUUAGAAGAACUCCACCAAAUAAAAUUUUAAAUUAAAUUUUGUUUAUAAUCAUUUAAAGACACUCCUAUCUUUGCAGAUACUUACUAAAAAAUUCUAAUUAAAUUAGAAGAAAAUUAAUAUUCUAAUAAAUAAAUUAGUUAAUCUGAAUUUGACUUCAUUUUAACAGAAAAAAUUAAUUCCAAAAAUGUGCUGAAUGCAUAAGACGAAAACCAAAGUGACAUAGAAACUUAGGAUACUUACACAUGCUUGGACUCUGAAAUUAACUAAGUAGAAUUUUUAAAUGAAUAAGCAAACUAGGAAAGCUUUAGAUUAAAAGUAGCUUUUGCAGGUGUCAAUUAACAAAACCUCAAUUAAUACAUUUAUAAGUAGAAUAUUAAAUAAAAAGAAUAAAACUCCCUCUAUGGCGAGAGUACGGGUAUAGUUGCAAUUUCAACUGCACUUUUUUUUGCAUCUUAAAAGAUUCCUAAUAUUGAUUUAAUUUCUCUUGGCUGUAUUGGAUUGAUCUAAUCAAUUGUUAAUUUCAGUAACCCUCACAGAACUCUUACAAGUUGUCUUAGAGAACAAAAUAUUCUGAUGUCUCAAAUCACCAUAUGCGGAGGUCUUGGAUUAACUGGAGCUGCUAUAGGUUAGGCACUUAUUCCCGUCCCUGUAUUUGGAGCCUUAGUUGGAGGUUUAGUUAUGGAGUUUUUUGGUAUUUAUAUUUCUUCCAAAAUCAGAGAUUGGAGUAUUUCCACAUAAUUAUAAAAACAAAGUAAUUUUUUUGCUGAAAAUAAUGUAGAAGUAAGCGAAUCCAACCUUGAUCAGUACUGUGAUAUCAUGGAUAUCAAGAAAGAAUCAUUAAAAGAUAAGAUAGUCCUUCCUAACUAAAACUCAUUGAAUAAAUUACUUAGCAGUGAAAAAUAAAUGGAAACAGAAAAACCUUUUGGGGAUAUUGAAAAACUUUAAAUAUAUCUCCUUUAUUGCUUGCAAAAUAUAGGUUUGAAAUUAUAUGCAUGCAAUAAAGAAAUGUUAGGAGAAAAUACCUUCAACCAAUUAUCAGAAUUACAUAACCAAUUAGAGUCUUUCACUGAAUAUUUCGAUUUCGACUAUUUGUCUAUAGGCAAAAAUCUUCAUGAAAUUUACAAUUAACUUAAAGAAAAAAUAUAAGUUGAAGACAUUAAAAAGAUAGUUGAAGAAAUAGACCCAAUUAAUAUUGAUGGUAACAAUGUUAUUAAUUAAUAACAAGAAUCGAUUAAAAAAUGCUGCAAAUUAGAAAAGUUAGCUUAACUUUUGAAAGAAAAAAAUAUCGAUGAAGGAAUAAUUAUUGAGUCACUACCUGAUUCAAUUUAAAAAUUGAAAUCAAACCAAAAAUUAGACCUCUGGUGUACUUACAUUUGUAUCUAACUAUUGAGUCCUUAAUAUGUCUUCUUAGAUAUUCUUAUGAUGAAAGUUAAUUUCUAACUUGAAUCUAAAAAUUUAUUCUUUUUUGACACAAUCGAUUAAUAUUUCCCAAUAAUUAAGGAAAUGUUUGAAGAAAUUUGA